GGAUGAGUGCAGACGUGUUUGACAAGUUGUUGAAAUUAGUUGGCCCAUAUAUACAAAAACAAAAUACUCAAAUGAGAGAUAGUAUACCAGCAGAAGAGCGACUUAUUGUAACGUUAAGAUUCUUAGCUACUGGAAGAAGCUACGAAUGUUUAAAAUUCAGUAGUGGCAUUUCUCCGCAAUCAUUAGGUCGCAUAAUUCCCGAAACAUGUAGAGUCAUCUAUGAAGUUCUGCAAAAGGAAUAUAUGAAAUUUCCUACUACUACAGCAGAAUGGAAGAAGAUUGCGGAAGAUUUUGAUACCCGUUGGCAAUUUCCUAACUGUGGCGGAGCAAUGGAUGGCAAACAUAUUAGAAUCGCAUGUCCGCCAAACACAGGAGCACUUUACUACAAUUAUAAAAAAUUUUAUAGCAUUGUGUUGAUGGCAUUAGUAAAUGCAAAUUACGAGUUUGUUUAUGCUGAUGUCGGAAAAAAUGGAAGAAAUUCAGAUGGUGGUAUUUUGGAAUACAUUAAGUUUUAUGACAAACUUAUCAACGAUCAGUUAAAUAUACCACAAACAGUAGAUAACAUCGAGCAUCUCAACUUCGUUUUUGUGGGAGAUGAGGCGUUUGCCUUGCAUUCACAUAUUUUGAAGCCAUUUAGUCAAGUGGAAUUGACCUAUGAAAAACGAAUUUUUAAUUACCGAUUAUCCAGGGCUAGAAAUGUUGUUGAGAAUGUUUUUGGAAUUGUUGCUUCUCGAUUCAGAGUGCUUCAUACCGCAAUUGCCUUGAAACCGGAAAACACAACAUUAGUUAUAAUGGCAAUUUGUGCUCUGCAUAAUUUUUUGCGGCGCAACAGUGCAUCAUAUUUCAGUCAGAAAAGUGUGGACUCGGAAGAUAAAAGCUCUCAUGAACUACGCAAAGAUGGGGAUUGGCGAACUGAUACUGGUGACUUUUAUGGACUGCAGAAUUUAACUCGUAAUAUGACUUUGGAGGCAAAACGCAGCCGCGAUAGAUACCUUCAUUACUUCAACGGUGAUGGUAGUGUUCUUUGGCAACAUGCAAUGGUGGCAAAAGGGAAAGCAUAA